ACACGCACACAUCUGACCUUGAGGUUUGCAAUUUUUUGAGUAUAUACUACGAUGAAAGUAAGAUCAAACAAAUGGCUCCCACACUCACUAGUAUGUAUAUUCAUCCUUCUAAAAAUUGAAAACACAAGUGGAGAGGGUAUAACCCUCAUUGAGGGAGCUGUGGCCAAAGGAGCAGUUUGCUUAGAUGGAAGCCCACCAGCAUAUCAGUUUGAUGCAGGUUUUGGUGAAGGUCUUCAAAAUUGGCUGGUUCAUAUACAGGGUGGAGGAUGGUGCUAUUCAGUAAAAGAUUGUUAUAGUAGGACAUAUAAUCUAUAUGGAUCAUCGAAGAACAUGAAGAGUUCUGACUACAACUUCACGGGUAUUAUGAGCAAUAAGCAAGAAUUAAAUCCGAAUUUCUACAAUUGGAACAGGGUCGUCAUGAGAUAUUGUGAUGGAUCGUCAUUUACAGGAGAUGUGGAAACCGUUGAUCCUGCUACAAAUCUUCAUUUCAGGGGUGCAAGGGUCUUUAAUGCCAUUGUUGAGGAGUUGCUUAGCAAAGGGAUGAAGUUUGCAUCAAAUGUUCUUUUGUCGGGAUCUUCCGCUGGUGGAUUGGCUUCCAUACUACACUGUGACAAGUUCCGAGAUCUCUUUCACAAAAGAACUCGAGUAAAAUGCUUUUCUGAUGCUGGUUAUUUUGCUCAUGUAAAAGACCUAUCUGGAGAAUAUAAGUUUGAGGGAUACUACGAUAUGAUAGUUACAUUACAUGGAUCAUCUAAAAAUUUGAAUCCCGAAUGUACUUCAAAAAUGAAGCCAAGUCUAUGUUUCUACCCACAAUUUGUCAUCCCAUAUGUCAAAACACCUGUUUUUAUAUUACAAACUACAUACGAUACAUUCCAGGUACAAAACAUCUUGGCUACGCCACAAGCAGAUCCUAAUGGACUCUUUACCAAAUGCAAGGAAGAUAUAAACGUGUGUUCAUCUGCACAGAUCCAAAGGCUACAAGAUUUCAGAUGGGAGUUUUUAGAAGCAUUUUUGGUGGUUGGAAAUGGUUCAUCAAGAGGAUGGUUUGUUAACAAUUGUUUUACUCAUGGCCAAUGUGAAUACCAAUCAAAAUGGUCAGGAAAUCCUGCUUGGGAAUUGAACCAUAAGGCUAUUGCACAGGCAGUUGGUGAUUGGUUUUACGACAGAGGCACUAUCCAAAUGAUCGAUACCCAAAAUGUGUUGCCACACUAUUGCAUCAAGUAACCAUAUAAAACUAUUAUCUACAGUAAUGUAACAUAAAUAAUAAUAUGAUAAUGAUAAAGAAAUCAUUAGAUGUGGCA